GAUGGUCACUCGCUGGAGGCCGUUCUCGAGGAAGUUCCGGUGGUCAAAGAUGCUGACCUGCAUGGGAAUGCGUCUCUUGGAAUCCUGGUUGACCGGCCGAGAAAUCGGCUGCUCGUGGUCGCCACCGACCUGCUUGGCAAUAAGUACAGCGGACUUGCGGCAUAUGAUCUCUCGUCGUGGAAGCGGCAAUUUCUCGCUCAUCUUAGUGGUCCGAAUGAUGAGAAAUCCUUCGCCGAUGAUGUUACGGUAGAUCCCGAAGGCAAUGCAUAUGUCACAGAUGCCAUAAACAACAAAAUAUGGAAGGUUGGAGUCGAUGGCAAGUUCAUAUCCAUCAUCAAAAGCCCACUAUUCAUUUCAAAGGAGUGGUACAAAAACUUGGUUGGGUUAAAUGGCAUAGUUUACCACCCAGAUGGAUUCUUGAUAGUUAUUCAUACAUUUAGUGGAAAUUUGUUCAAGGUAGACUUGGUCAAGGGAGAGAAAGUUAAGUUGAUCAAUGUAACUGGAGGCAGUCUUGGGUUUGGAGAUGGUCUAGAGCUACUUUCUCCAACCAAGCUUGUAGUUGCAGGAAACCCGGCUGGACGAUUUGUGGAGAGCACGGACGGGUGGGAAACCGCUUCUUUGGUGUCAACAUGUUCGGGACUGAAGCAUCGAUUGGCAUCGGCUGCAACUGUGAAGGAUGGCAGGGUGUACAUCAGCCACAUGAUCGGUAUGGGCUAUCCGAAGAAGAAGCAUGCUCUUGUAGAGGCAGUUUUUUCUACAUAGGAUGAUUUUCUAGGACACAGAACUUGAUGUAGGUUAAGAAAACAAAAUAAAAUUACCUCAUUCAAUUUGGGUUUGUAUUGUAUUAGGCUGUGUUAUUUUCAAUAUCUGAGAAGUACUUUGAGCUUUAGAACUAAUUUCAUGAACAUGCUUUUUUUUUUUCCCUUGGAAGAUGGAUGGUCAAAAGAUUUGUGGAAGAAAUACAUAUAAAGAAAUGGAUUCAAGGACUUUUCUGCUAUUCUAUGCCA